GAAGUAAACACAGCCAUAUAUCCUUUGAUCAGAAACAAAAAUAGUUUACAAUCCAUGGAAGCAAGCAAAAAUACAUGAGAGAGUGCCCAUGAUCCUACAGCCUCGACAAGUCCAGAUAACACCAAACAUCCCAUGUGAUAUCAUUCUCCACUCCUUCAUCAGCACCAAGGUUGAAGCUGGUCUCUCCGCUUCGUGCUUAGCCCCUCACUUCUGAAGGUCUAAACUUUGUUGUGGCUCGGAUCUUUGAUAUCUUGUUCUUCACCCGACCAUGUGGGAAUCCGAGAGCGACGGCCGCGGCGGAGGGAGAGACCUUGAGCCUGACAAGCACGACGGCCUCAAGACCGAUGGCUUCGAGCGCAGAGACCAGUCCUGGUUUGUUUCCAGUGAUAUCCCCAGUGAUUUGCUGGUUAAAGUGGGAGGUGUCAGCUUCCACCUGCACAAGUAUCCUUUGCUCUCAAGGAGUGGAAGAAUGAACAGAAUCAUAUACGAGUCAUCCCGGGAAUCAGAACCAAGCCUGGUGGAAUUGGAUGAUCUCCCGGGAGGCCCGGAAGCAUUCGAACUGGCGGCCAAGUUUUGUUACGGCAUAGCGGUGGAUCUGACGGCCUCCAACAUCUCCGGGCUGCGCUGCGCCGCGGAGUACCUGGAGAUGACAGAGGACUUGGAGGAGGGCAACUUGAUCUUCAAAACAGAAGCCUUCCUCAGCUACGUCGUCUUGUCCUCUUGGCGAGACUCGAUCGUGGUGCUGAAGAGCUGCGAGAGCCUCUCGCCGUGGGCAGAGAACCUCCAGAUCGUGCGACGGUGCAGCGAGUCAAUCGCCUGGAAGGCCUGCGCCAACCCGAGAGGCAUUCGGUGGGCGUACACCGGGAGGCCUGCGCGAGCUUCCAGCCCCAGGUGGAAUGGUGACUCCAAGGAAUCCAGCCCGAGCCGGAGCCAGCCGGUCCCCCCGGACUGGUGGUUCGAGGACGUGUCGAUUCUCCGGAUCGAUCACUUCGUGCGAGUGGUCACUGCCAUCAAGGUGAAGGGGAUGAGGUUCGAGCUGAUCGGCGCCGCGAUCAUGCACUACGCAUCGAAGUGGUUGCCGGGGCUGACGAAAGAAGGGGCGCAGGGGGGCGAGGAGCCGUGGAGUCACCAAGGAGGACUGCAUCUGAUCGUCGCAGGAAGUGGCAGCAAGGAUGACUUGUCGAGCGGUCAGAUCCGAGAGCAGCGCAUGGUGAUCGAAAGCCUCAUAAGCAUAAUUCCACCGCAGAAGGACUGCGUCACCUGCAGCUUCCUCCUCCGGCUGCUCAGACUAGCGAACAUGCUGAAGGUGGCACCUGCGCUGGUGACGGAACUGGAGAAGCGAGUCGGCAUGCAGCUGGAGCAGGCGACUCUGCCGGACCUUCUCAUCCCUUCCUUCCAUAAGAGCGAGACGCUGUACGAUGUGGAUUUGGUUCAGAGGCUGCUUGAGCACUUCCUGGUUCAAGAGCAAACAGAGUCUUCCAGCCCAGGCAGGGAGCCAUACCCAGAUAAGCACAGUUAUGAGGCCAAUCAAAGAGCCAGCGGACCCAAUGCCAAGACCAGAGUCGCAAGACUGCUCGAUAGCUAUCUCACAGAGGUCUCCAGGGACAGGAACCUCUCCCUGACCAAGUUUCAGGUUCUGGCAGAAGCAUUGCCGGAGUCCACCAGGACAUGCGACGACGGGCUCUAUCGAGCAGUCGACUCUUAUCUCAAGGCACACCCGACGCUGACCGAGCACGAGAGGAAGAGGCUGUGCCGCGUGAUGGACUGCCAGAAGCUGUCCAUCGACGCCUGCAUGCACGCGGCGCAGAACGAGCGCCUGCCGCUGCGGGUGGUGGUGCAGGUGCUCUUCUCCGAGCAAGUCAAGAUAAGCAACGCCAUCGCGAGCUCGUCGCUGAAGGAGGCGGUGGAGUCGCACUACCAGCCCGUGAUCUCGGCACGGAGACAGCUACUGGAAGGGACGCCCCAGUCGUUCCAGGAAGGAUGGGCGGCCGCCAAGAAGGACAUCAACACGCUCAAGUUCGAGCUGGAAAGCAUGAAGGCCAAGUACCUGGAGCUCCAGAACGACAUGGACAACCUGCAGAGGCAGUUCGAGAAGAUGUCGUCGACGAAGCCCAGCAAGCAGUCGUCGUCGCCGUGGAGCACCGGGUGGAAGAAACUGAGCAAGCUGACCAAGAUGACCAGCGAGGCGAACGAGAUCGGGGCUCCCAUGCCGGGCACCGCAGCAACGGAGGCGACAAAGAAGGGACCAAGGAGAUGGAGGAAUUCAAUCUCGUGAGUGGCUCCGGCAUGACGACGAGCACGCGCAGCAGAGUGCCUUCCUUUCCUCUCUUCUUCCUGUUUGUGCCAGAACAGAGUCCAGAGUAGAUGUUGAGGUGGUAGACAAAGCUUGGCUUUGCAGAUGUUGUAAUGCUGCAUGCAUGUAAUAAUGAUGUUCAUUAUUCUGAAUUUGUCUUGCAAAUCAAAAA